AUGUUUGUAGCCCGCCCAUCAGUUGUACGUUCCCUCAGAUUGCAAAAAGCUAUCCGUUGUUAUACAGACAGUAACGGCCCAAUCGGUAGCGGAGGUACCGAUAACAGCUUUACCAAACGUGAAAAGGCCAAUGAGGACUACUUUGUGCGCCAACACGAGAAGGAACAGCUACAACGUUUACGCCAGCAACUAAAGGAACAUCAAGACAAAGUCGAUACCAUUAAAAACAAGAUUGAGUCCUUGUCAAAGAAAUAG